AAAUUGGAGUGAACAACAGGAUGCUCGGCUUUGUUCUGCCCAAUGUCCAGAGAGUCGUCUUGUCCAGUCCGGCGGUGCGUUCCUGGCUGCCUUUACGAAUGCCACGAUUUGAAGCCACCAUCAUGCAAGCACGAAGGAUAACAUUUCUAAAAGCGCACUUAGAUGCCAUCUUUAAGGGGAACCAGAAUCGUCCUUCUUUUACGCUUAAAAUUAAGUCAUCUCGACGUUUAAAGAAAGAUCGCAAUGGAUACGAGCAGAAUGAAAAGUUUUUGAGUUCUCACUUAUGUACUAACAAGAAUCUCGCGAAACUUGAUGAACUAUUGUGGUAUGAUGAAAGAGCGAAAUUAUAUACUAUAUAUCCACAACAAAAAGUUGACGUAUCUAACUGGCUGACCUGUCCGUAUGGAAAUUCGUUUCCCCUAUAUAUAAAUAAUAAUUGCUGUCAGGUUUUAAGCGAAUCUGACUUGCAUAUUCUCGUGGAAGUUGAUAUUGAAACUUACGGAUCUAAGGCCUCAACGACUUCUGCAAAACUUGAAGAUUAUGGUCUAAUUGUGGCAUGGACGGUAUCGAGUAGAAAUAUGAACUUUAUUUUAAAAACAGACCUAGAACAUAUUACGAGCUUCAUAACUGGGAUCAUGCAGGGACAAUAUUGCAUUAACAAUGGCUUAUUUAUAAAACGUGUUCAAUCUGUUUUGGUAUCGGGAAAACCGCGUAUUUACAGUGAUACUGGACACCUCGGUCCACCGCCAAAUAAAAAUAGUUUUUAUGCAUUAUGCGAUGCAGCCCAAGGAAAAACUUCCCAGCAGAAACACAAGCCUAAAGAGGUUGUUAGAGUACGUGGCAUGAGUGUACAUUCACAAGAUAAUAAUUUGAACACCGAAUUUACAGACGAAUUCUUUGCAGAAGUUAUGAAAGACAUUGAUGCUAGUUCAUCUAAUUCUGCACCAGCAACAUGUAAUUCGUCACCAACCAAACAGCAUGUAGGAUUAACAAAAAAGCCAUAUGAUUUGAACCAUUUACCGGAGGAUGUGUUCUUAGCUGUUACUCAAGGCACAUCUAAAAAUUAUACUAACGUUCAUUUACCUGACACGGAGAAAAAAGACAAUACCGACGAUGAAGAAUCUGAACAUACUGAUCAAAGCAAGUCUACUAGAGAAACUGAUUCCAAAAGUUCUGAAUUGGAAGAAGAAGAAAAACCUAGUAAGGUGAUUAAACCACCAAAUGUACUCGUCUGUGCGGAUAGCCUAAGCGCGACCGACAAUUUACAGAAUUUAUUAUCAAGAGUGCUAGAGGAAGAUAGGUAUGUCAUCCAUGUAUUUUCUAAAGGGGAAUAUGAUCGUUGCAAGGUUUGGAUAGAUCAGGUUUCGUUGGUUGUUCUUUGCGGCAAUGUUGGUGCAGAGCUCGGUGCUCAUCUUGUAGAAUACGUUAUACGCGGAGGUAAACUCCUAGCGUUAUGCUCCGACAUGCUCCAUAUUUUGCUACCAUCGUUCAAGACUGCGGAAGUGCGUGAAAAUGAGCUCGUUGACUUUUCGUACGGUAAAUGGAAACGAGUGCGUAUGAUGCAUCACAUUUUUUGCUACCACGCAUCUCCCAUACGAACUCGUUUUUCUCAAGAUCACGAAGAUAUAAGGGCGUCUGCGCUGAAUCCUCCAACGACGGCUAGCGUUAAGGACAAAAAAGGGAAUUUACAUUCGUUUGAUGUAAAAGUAUUGGGCAAAGAAGAAACGUGGCACAGUCCAAGCAUAUUGCUUGCAACUCUGCCUAGCAGUGGUGGUAAAGUUGUGUUCUCCCAAAUCCAUUUAGAGAUAGAUCCAAUGCAAUAUGUGUACGAGGGGGAUAAAUUUGAUGUGUUGAAGAAGAGUAAUGUUGCACGUUUGGAGAUAAUCAGCGAUCUACUGAGCACACAUUUAGGAUUAGAUGUAAAUCGUGAUACAAGUCAAAGAUCUGUUCGGUACACUCCAGGUUACUUUUUAGGCAAAUUUGAGAUGAAGCUUAAGAUGCUUGAAAAAUUAAAGGAUAAAAUGAGUGGGAAUAACGUAUUAAAAAUGUCAGGAAUGGAAAUUCAAUUUUGCGCAAACAACGAAAAUGUGCAAUCACCAUCAGCUAAUUUCCUUCCUAUUAUGAUGCAUAUGUGCCCGCCUAAUUUCUCGACCGUCGAUUAUUUUGAGAAUCUCUAUACAAAGGAAUUAGGACGCUUAGUAAUAUACGCGGAUGUCUUAACAUCAUCUAUGAAUGCGAUCGACGCUCGAUUAGAACAUGGACUGACAGUUAUUCCACGCCAACAAGCAGAUGGACGAGGGCGAUAUUCUAAUAAAUGGCUCAGUCCAAAGGGUUGUGCUAUGUUCACUUUACAAAUACAUAUUUCUAUAAUGUCGAGUAUCGGUCAUUAUAUCUCAAUUCUUCAACAUGUUGCUGCUGUAGCACUUGUGUCAGCAGUAAGAUCUAUUAAAGGAUACGAGGAUAUUGAUCUCAGAAUAAAGUGGCCUAACGACAUAUAUAUUGGUAAUUCGAUCAAGAUUGGUGGUAUAAUCGUUUCUACGCUGGCGGAAGAUGGUGGAGCAAUGUUCAUCUGCAAUAUUGGUGCUGGUAUAAAUCUUUCCAAUAGUAAACCCACAACUUGCAUUAAUGAUGCAAUUCUGCAAUAUAAUCAAAAAUAUGGUACAAAGUUGGAAACGUUCUCUUGUGAAAAGUACUUGGCGAUGGUAUUCAAUGAAAUGGAAAUUUUAUUAGAUAUUCUACAUAGCGGCAAAACAGAUCACUUCUACCAACUCUACUACAAAUAUUGGUUGCAUACGAAUUCAAAUGUCAUGGUAACAUUUAUAAAUGGAAGAAGAGAAAAUGUUACGAUAUUAGGUAUUGAUAAUUACGGAUAUUUGUUGGUACAAGGAAAAAAGGGCAUGUUUACUGUACAUUCAGAUGGAAAUAGUUUCGACGUUCUCAAGGGGCUAAUAGUACCAAAAGAAAAAUAGGGGAUUAUAUAUUCGUUAAUUGUUACCGAGAAUUAUAUCUACAUGUUAAAAUAUGGAUAAUAAAUAUGUGUACAUAUAA